CACCUCCAUGAGCGGCAGAAGCUCUGUCUGCGUGAGAAGCUCUUCCACAUACAUAGCGCUGUGCACACGUGUGCUUAUUGCUGUGUAACUUAUGUUGCCAACAAAACUAGUGUAGACAAGGCUGUAGCCUCAGAUAAUGGUGUCGCAUGUAGUUUUAGCCACCUCACUGUUCUCCCCUUUAUCCAGAUCAUUGAUAAAUAAAUUAAACAGCAGGUGUCCUAGUACCAGUCCUAGAGGUGUCAUUUGUUUUCUAACCCAUGACUGUACUUCACCUCUCACUCCACAGUACUUUAGUUGCCUUAUUAGCUUCCCAUGAGAGACUUUGUCAAAGGCUGUUUGAAGUCCAAUAAAUUCAAUCAGCCUGUUCUUUAUUCACGGUGUUGCUGGCACAUUCAAAGAAUUCUAGUCAUCACUUUAAUAGGAAAUGGCUUCGUUGUAGUUGGGAAGACCGUGUGGGUCUAGUGGACAGGGCACGCUGCACUGGGGCUCAGGAAGCCUGAGUUGCAUUGCUGACUCUGCCAUUAACCUGCUGUGAAGCUUUGGGCAAGUCAGUGAACUUCUCUGCCCCUCAGUCUCCCCAUCUGUAAAAUGGACAUACUCACCUUUAUAAAACAGGUCAGGAACAUCAGAUCUCCUUCUCAGCUGUCUUGACCUGAUUUCCCUUGGGGUAUGAGUCCCUCUGGAUUGAAUGGGAUUCUCUGUAUAUGUCACUCUUUGCUUUGCAGCAUCAUUUCACUGUCUGUCUUAUUGCAGUAUCUUUGAGGGGGAGCUUUCUGAGACCAUCCCUGUUGUUCACGCUUCCAUCGCUGGCUGUCGGAUCAUUGGGAGAAUGUGUGUUGGGAACCGGCAUGGACUGUUGGUCCCAAGCAGUACAACAGACCAGGAGCUUCAGCACAUCCGCAACAGCCUGCCAGACUCCGUCCGAAUCCAAAGGGUGGAGGAGCGGCUCUCAGCUUUGGGCAAUGUCACCACAUGCAAUGACUAUGUAGCACUUGUCCAUCCAGACCUUGACAGGGAGACUGAAGAGAUCUUGGCAGAUGUGCUCAAAGUAGAAGUUUUCAGACAGACGGUUGCAGACCAGGUUCUGGUAGGAAGUUACUGUGCUUUUAGUAACCAGGGAGGACUUGUGCACCCAAAGACUUCAACUGAAGACCAGGAUGAGCUCUCCUCACUGCUGCAAGUCCCACUUGUGGCUGGAACAGUAAAUCGUGGCAGUGAGGUUAUUGCUGCAGGGAUGGUUGUGAACGAUUGGUGUGCCUUCUGUGGGCUGGACACAACCAGCACAGAGCUAUCGGUUAUCGAGAGCAUCUUCAAACUGAACGAAGCGCAGCCAAGUACCAUUGCUACCAGCAUGAGAGAUUCCUUGAUUGACAGUUUGACAUGAGAAGCGCGGCUCUGACCAAGGAGCAGAGUGCCAGGCUCCUGCUUCAUCUGCUUUCUGGAUUAAGGACACCAGACCCUUCUACUAUCAUUUCUGUGGGCCCUGCUGGGAGGGUGCCGCAUAACCAAUAUUUUUAAUGUUCUGUUAACUACUUCCUACUACAAACACCUGGCAAACAGCAUGAAUGAGUUAUAAAUAUGAAGUGUUCUGUGUCGCCGGCUGCCAUUUUCCUGUCCUUUUAGUGAUCUCAGCACUGCCGGAAUCUGUAACAUUAGAGCUUGUCUAUUGGUGAAGCUGACUUGGGCUCUUACAGCAGCUAAAGAUGCUUCUGUUCACACUUCAA